AUGACGUCGAAGCCGAGCAUGCAGAGCGGGGCUGCGGUGGCGGAGAAGGCGGCGGCGGUGGGCCGAGGCGUCGAGGCCACCGAGGAGCAGGCGAGGGCGAUCAUCUGCACGGCCAAGAGGGCGGUGGAGGAGGAGGCCAAGACCAAGACGAGAGCGGACGGCGCCAGCCCCGCCGCCGGGAAAAAACCGUCGUCGUUGCUGAAGAGGUCGCUCGAGUGCUUCCUGGAAGGCCGGAAGAACAAGGCGACGUCGUCUGCCGUAACUCGUCGUCGCCACCUCGAGACCUCCGCCGUGUCUUCGUCGUCGUCAUCGUCUAACUAA